AUGCCUGAGCGCUCAAACGAGGCAAGAGCACGGCAGGACCGAAGCUGCCACCCGGCGCUCCGCAGGCGCUUUGAGCUGCCUCCCGUUCCUCACCAGCGCCCUCGCAAUGCCUUUGGACAGACUCCUGCCAGUGCUGCCCUGCGACAGGACAAGAGGCAGUGGGAACAAACUGGGACCCAGGAGGUGCCACCUGAAGAGAAGGAGAAACUUCUUGGUUAUGAAGCGCUGGGGCACGGCUUGGGCUCGAGGGUCCUGAAGGCCUCUGGGAGCCAUCAGGCCGUCGAAGCUGACGCAGACGCUGGAGACCCCCGAGGCCAGGCCACCCCAACCCAUGCCCUUGCACCCAGGGACGCAGCCACCUCCGUCUGCACCCUGCCCCCGGCGCCCUGCCGCGGCCCGGCCUGCUCUCACCGCCGCCCGCCCGCAGAGGGCGCCCUGGCUCCGCCGCUGCAUGGCGGCGGUGGGGGCGGAGGAGGGGCGGCGGGAGCGGGCAGGGGCUCGGUCCGGUGCGCUCCUGGGCCUGCUCCUUCCCUCUCUCUCCCGGGCAGCCACUGGCGUGGGGACUGCGGCGUCGUAACCCGCUCCUUGUCCGCGGCGUCUUCCAUGAGACCAAGCCGUCCUCCGGUGGCAGCGGCGGCAGCGGGAGGUGAGCGGCGCCGGGCGGGCCCGGCCGGACCCUCGGAGCAGCAGCAGCAGCAGCAGCAGCAGCAGCAGCAGCAGCAGCAGCAGCUCUCGCCAGGUUCCUGCACGGGAUUGGGGAGAGCUGUGAGCUGCAGCAUCCACCUGGACGCAGAGGAUAUUCCAGGCCUUGCUCAAACCCACUUGUGGAUUUGCACGGGCUGUGUUUCUGCUGCUGGACUUCUCUGCCAAGGCAAAUCCUGUCGCAACGGGGGAGCGGAUCAAGCGCUGUCCUUGGGCUCUCUGCUGGGCUGGGUAGCUGGAGAUCUGACCAAUGCUGUGGGCUGCUAUUUAACCAAGCAACUGCCAGUUCAGGCAGCAAAAGCCUGGGGGGUCUCUGCCUAGCCUGGGUCGCUGCAUGUGGAGCCCUCUGCGAGUUUGCUCUCUCAGUGAGGAGCCAAGAGCAGAGUGCAGUGAGCAAGAGGAGCAGUGUGAGUUCUGCUCUGCUUCUGUGCCUCCAGGAAAGCCCACUCAGAAAUGUCUGGAGAAGUCCCCUUGGCUUUGGAAGGCUUCUGGGUGAUGGUUUUGGGAGGCUUUUUGGAGUGAUGGUUGGAAGGCCUUUGGGGUGGUGGUUGGAAGGCUUUGGGGUGAUUGAAAGGCUUUGGGGUGGUGGUUUGGAGUGGUGGUUUGGGAGGUGCUUUGGGAUGGUGGUUGGAAGGCUUUUGGGGUGGUGGCUGGAAGGAUUUUUGGGGUGAUGGCCUGGGAGGCUCUUUGGGGUGGUGGUUUGGGGUGAUGGCUUGGGAGGCUUUUUGAGGUGAUGCUUUGGGCAGUGGCUCUGGAGGGCUUUGGGGUGAUGCUGUGGAAGCUUUGGGGUGGUGCUCUGGAAGGCUUCUGUGGGUGAUGCUUUCAACACACAACUGCAGCACUCUGGGGAUGUUUUCACUGUGGCCCAUCCAUCCCAAAGUAAUGAUAAUAAACAAUCAAAAAAGGAUAAAA